CAGACGCUGUCCAAAUCGAAACAUCAAAUGUCUGAAGAAUGAAUGUUCAUUUUUAUUUUGUUUUAGUUUCUUUUAACUUUUUUCCUUUUUUUUUCGGCCAACAGGUCUGUGCAGGGUGGAAACCGAGCACCGGUUUGUAAAAUUUGUCCGUAGCUGCAGAGCUCCGCUCAGCGCCCCACUUCUAUUCUAAAACUCCAGUUUGCUGUUCUAAAGUCAAAGUGUUUGGAGACUUUUGGGGUCUGUUUGCCAGCUAUCACAUUAGUGUGUCUACUGCGGCUGUUUCAGUACCAAAUUAUUAUUUUUUUUCUUGCCACUUUUUGAAAAUUAGAUGAUAUAAUUAUUUUUAAAUUGAACUGAAUGUGUCACGUUGGGUGUUUAAAGGUUCUAGAACGGCACGUAGCAGCAUUUGUACAAGAAGAAACACUGAAUCACAGAUAAACUACCUGAAUUAUUUAAAGUCACCAUUAAACACCGUGAAUGUUGCAUUUGCACUGAAGUGAUGAUCAGAGGUGGAGAUUUGACUGGUAUCGGACAGAGCCUGGAUUUCUCUUUUAUUAACCCUUAAUACCUGUUUGUUUGCACUCGACCAGGCCACUUUGUUUUAUAUAUUAAAAUGUUUAUAUGCACAAGAAUAAUACAAUCGAGUUUGUCACUACUUGGCUUAAUUUGUUUGGAUUUCUGUUUGUGUGACUCAUGAGAGGUGUUCUGUGUAUUGCGUGGCUUUUCUUCUUUUCUUUCAUUUUUUAAAAAUUAGAUUCUAAUAAAUGUUUGCACCACAAGUGUUGACUUUUUCCACCAAGCUAAAAUAUGAGCAGUUAGCUGCAGUCAGCAAUUUCAAGGUCUAAUUGAAAUGUUUCCUUGGAGCAAGAUGUCGCUUCGGUAUGGGAGAGAAGAGCAACAGAUGAGGCAACUCUGUGGAAGAUGUUUCCAUGAGGUUUGUAUCUGUGCCUUUUGGGCACUGCAGAGAUGUUUGCUCUGCUCGGCAACCUCAUUUCCAGCUGCAUAAAUGAGCCAUUUUGAACGAACGCUCCUCUCAGCCUGGGAUGUAGUGAAACAGAGACACCUAGUGGAUAAAGCUCGUUACUGCAUUGUGAAAGCGGUAGGGAAUUAACGAGGAGUGAAAGUGAAACUUAACAGAAAACUGGUUUAGUGGUUACAUAUUAAUGACAGGCGUGUUUAGUGUGGCCGAAAAACGCGGGAGUAACCGUUAUGUCGACGCUUCAGUGCUAAUGUAGCGUAACAAAAGGGUAAUGGAGACCGACACCUGGGAGAACGGCAGGACGGUGGUUGUCUCCGGUGUUCCCAAUGUGUUGCCCCCCGGCAGGAUAACUGAUAAGCUGACCAUUCACUUCCAAAGUACCCGGAAGAGUGACGGAGGAGACGUCGAAAAGGUCAAAUAUCCCACCAACAUGGACGGAGUUGCGUUUGUCACGUUUGUAAAGGCAAAAGAUGCAGCGAGGGUGGUGGAAAAGAAGCAGCAUAUCAUGACAGACAGCCAGUUUCCUGAAGACUUCGUCCUCACUGUGUUUCCCUUCAGCACAGAUGUGUUUUUCUACGUCCCAAGUGCUACGGUUGAUCUUUCCAUAUUCGGUGGCAAUCGGGACUUGGUGAUUGAGAGCCUGCGGUCAGCUCACAGAUCGCUGCGUUUUCGUCCUGUGCCCCAGCAGAGGAAAGCCUUCAUUGAGGGGCCUUUUGCAGCUGUCCAAGCCCUGAGAGGGGACCUCAUUCGCAGAGCCGAUGAGCUUCAAUCUGCAGUCACAGUCCAAACCGCUGGUAUUAACCCAAGAGAAAGCAGUCAUAAUACGAGGUUAAUAUCUCAUCACAAGUAUGUCGACUCUGUAAGCCACAGCAGCUCUAAGAGGGAACCCGCAAGCAGCUUAUCAACAUUGCUGCAGAGCCCAGGUGAGGCAAGUGAAAUCCAAAGACUGCUCUCAAAGACUCAAAACGCCUCCUUGAGGCAAAAAGUUUCCUCUGAGAGUUUGGCUCGAGGGAGGAUUUUGAAAGCAAGCAUCAAUGGAAAGGACAAACUGGAAGUUCAGCCAACAGAACAAAGAAAGGCCAACCACAUACAAGUGGUCGAGAAGGAAAUCAAAGCAUCUGCCUUAUCGGGCCUUCCUCAACCAGAUGCAAUAUCAACAACAGAGCCUUAUAAUGACGGUGCCUCACAAAAACAUCCCAGAGCAGGCAAGAUUUCAGCCACAGAGAUUAGAAGAGAGGGUGAUCUGGGGUCUCACCAGAGCAGCAUGAGCUGUUUGAAGAAUCCGAGCAGCUCAGCAGACAGAAGUAAGCUCCUCCAGACUGAACUUAAAGGUAUCUCAAAAACCUUGGAGAGAUAUACUGAAGGUCCCGCAAUGGCGUGCGCAGUCGGUCCGGAAGGUCAGGAUGAUAUCUGGGUUGACUCUUACAUAUUCAGAUACAUCAAAACAUUUCACAAGAAGGAGUUGGACAGAUGCUUUGCGGGCACUGACUUAUCUGUCAGGUAUGUUGUAGAAACUGACCUCAUGCAAAUAUCGUUGACUGAGCAGCAACGCUCCAAGGUGACCUCAGGAGUCCAGAAAGCCAUCCAGAAACUGAAAACUUUGUUUGAGUCUUGGCAAUUAAUCUUAAGAGUUCAUAAGAUAUUUUACCAUGAGGUGGGGCUGCCGGAUAAAUACCUACUAAAUCAGAUCUGUGGUGCUUUCUGUUUCCAGUUUGAAGAUGUUCUUUACAUAUUCGAGGACUCCUGCAUUAAAGCCAUCAGCCCCUCAGUCCCUAGUCUGCUGUUCAAUAAGAAAAUAAAAGAAGGGAUAAUUAAAUUCAAAGACACUCUUGUAAAUUUCAGGCAAUCUAGUAGGAAUCAUGAACGGAUGUACUUUAAUCACUGACCACAAGGGGGAGUAGUUUUCUCUUCACAAACCCUCUCCAACACUGAAGUCUAUAUUUAUCUUGUUAUUGUUACAGAUGCAAUGAUUGUUGUUUGAUACUGACACUGUGAGUUUUCAUUUGAGCAGCUAAUGAUUAGAACCAUAGAAAUAAAUUAUACAGUACUGAUUACAUA